CUGGAUAACCCACUGAAAACAUUCUCAAGGCAAUCAAUCUGCAUUAUGCCUCACGUCUUAGAAAAGCAGAGCCACUCCUGUGCGCGCUAGAGGUGAAGCCAGUGCUGUUGUGGGUACACGAGGUUGCAACAAGGCCUGCUAUAUUGGGAGCACAAUUGAGACAAAGAUAAAGACUGUACCAGGGAACAAGUUAUCCGCACAGCAACACUACCACGUUCUUGGAAGGCAGGCCCGAUGGACGUAUAAAUGUGGCGUCCUAUGCCUUUCCUCCCUUGUGUCUUUCAUCACAAGUGCCGCCCUUCGCUGCGACUUACGCUUUUCAACCACUCACAAUGUCUCGUCUCUCCAAAGAAGGAUCUAUACCUUGCGAGAAGCCCAAGGCUCAUCGCUCUUUCCUCGGGAUGAUACGCAUGAGACGGCCUCAACAAGCUGAUUACGCAGAGGAGUUAACAAGCGAACCUAUUGAUGAUCCCAAGGCCGUAGAAGACGUGAAGGAGAACCACAAUUGCGGUAGAACUUUCGUUCAAGAGGCGGACGCAAUACACCCUUCUGCCCACCCCACCCCCAAGCGCCGCUCCUCAACCAAACCAACCCCCUCGCGCAAGGCCACCACAGACUCCACCACAAGCAGGGGAAGGCGCCAGCUUUGGCGGCGCCCCGUCGAAGACGCCACGUACGAGGCGCGCGUCGCAUACUGGCGCGCGCGCAGCUCGCGCUCGAGCGUGCGCGAGGGGCGAAGCGAGUUUAUUCCCGGAGACGGCGCGCCGCGGCGUCGUAGAUUUGGCUUUCCUUCGGCUUUAGAGCGCAUGUGGCGUCCUGCGAUCCAAGAGCUGGAGUCUGACUAUGAAACGGAUGGCGAAGACAACGACGGGGAUCGGGACACGGAUGGAGACAGGCGGUCGGUUUCGCAUGCAAGUGUCUCGUCCGACGGAGGGAUAAAGGAAUACUUGUUUUAUUGUCUGUGCUUGCCCUCUUUUCAUGGCAGGAGUUACCGCACGGGUUGAGAAGGUCACCAUCACCAAUAGUUACAAUUAUUGAGGGAGGACAGUGUACAGGUUUACAAUGGACAUUUGUCGUGUUUAUUCGUUGCAGGGAGCGUGCGUCUCUGGAAAGGCGGAUUAACAAACCAAUGUAUACUAUAUCUUUGUAUCAUUGGAG